CUUGGAACGGGUCAGGCCAGGCUCCCUUCCAAACAGCACAGUAGAGUACACUGCUGCUGCCGUCGAUGUCCUCUUCCCUUCUCUCCCUCCCGAGCGGAGCUGCGCUCCAGUUUAUGAUUAUCCCAACCAAACUCUAAUCAUACCCCCCACCCACAAAAUCCCAAUACAAAUACCGCCCAGCAAAUAGAUAGCCGGGACUGGAGCCACGGCAAGAAAGAGAAGCCAGCUCCGCUGCUCCAACCCAAAAGCUACUCCUCCUUCCGGCACGCGGCAGGGAGGUGAGAGAGAGAGAGAGAGAGACCAGCCGAGGCGGCGGCCGGCCACCAUAGCAGCUUAGGUUAGGCAGGCAUCUUCCCUCAUGCAGCAGGGCGAGUACCGCUCGUCGUCUUCGAGCGAGGGCUCGGCGGGUUCUGCGGCGGCUGCGGCUGCGGCUGCGGCGGCCAUGGCGCCCCUGGCGGCUGCGGCCGCGGCGGUGGCGGCCAAGGAGGAGCACAACGUGACGGUGGCCGUGGCGCCGCCCAUGCCCAUGGCCAUGGCGAUGCCGCUGCAGCAGCAGCAGCCGCGGAAGCAGUACCGCGGCGUGCGCAUGCGCAAGUGGGGCAAGUGGGUGGCGGAGAUCCGCGAGCCGCACAAGCGGACGCGCAUCUGGCUGGGGUCCUACGCCACGCCCGUCGCCGCCGCGCGCGCCUACGACACGGCCGUCUUCUACCUCCGCGGCAGGUCGGCGCGCCUCAACUUCCCCGACGAGAUCUCCGCGCUCGCGCUGUCGUCGCCCGAGGCCGCCGAGGCCGGUGGAGGGGAGAUGGCGGGCGAGCUGGCCGACGGCGGCGCGCUGUCGGCGGCUUCGAUCCGGAAGAAGGCCAUCGAGGUCGGGUCCCGCGUGGACGCGCUCCAGACCGGCAUGACCACCAUGGUCGCCGCGCCCGCGCACCACCGGGAGCGGCAGCGGCUCCACCACCACCACCACGCGGAGCCGCACGGCGAGGAGCUGCACCGCCACGUGAAGCAGCAGCGGACGGCGUGGAACGGGCGCGCCAAGAACCCGGAUCUCAACCAGGCGCCCAGCCCGGACACCUCCGACGCCGAGUGAAGCAGCCGGAAGAAGCGGCGGCUUCCAGUCAUCUACAACCAACCAGUCGACCAUGCAGCCAGUCUCCGGAGAGCAGCCAGCAGCGUAUGUUGAUGAAGCAGCACAAGCAACUCAAUCCAGUCCACCACCCAACGGUCUCCCUAGCAAGCUCCGCCGCGUCGGCGGGCGAGGUGCCGGUGGUCGGUGGGUCGGUGGCGAGAUUAUUUUUCAAUACGUUGGUCUGGAUAAGAACAAGGGAGGGGGAGGGGAGGCGGGGGACGCCACAAGUGGCGGUCUUUCCAAAUGUCAAAAAAGACAGCUGUAACAGUGAUAAAACAAUCGCCACCAUCUUCUUCUUUUUUCUCUCUGUUUCUGUUAUCGAGUAGAUAAGCAGCGAUUAGCAGUGCAACUUCUGUUAAUUAAUCGUCCGUCGCCCCCUUCGUUGUUAAUUAA